AGUCUCAUUCCCGGCCGCUGCCGCGAGGAGGAGGAGCCUGCUGGGGAGCCUUCCUUGUGUGAAGACUUCGGGGAAGCGGCGGCGGCGGCAGCAGCAUUGGCAUUGCCUGCGGGUCGAGCGGGUCCCCAUGCUGUUGCCUGGGCUGCCCUUGGGCCACGCGGCGGGAGGGCUGGGCAUGAGCCGCGGCGCCUGAGGGAGCGGGAGAGAGAAGGGAGGAUGCUGCUCUCGCUGGUGCUGCACACGUACUCCAUGCGCUACGUGCUGCCCGCGGCGCUGAUGCUGGGCGCCGCGCCCACCUACGUGGUGGCCUGGGGGGCCUGGCGCCUCCUGGCCGCCCUCCUCCUGCCCGCCCGCCUCUACCACCGCGUCGACGACCGCUUCUACACCCUCUACCAGAGCAUGGUGCUCUUCUUCUUCGAGAACUACACCGGAGUCCAGAUAUUUAUAUAUGGUGAUUUGCCAAAAACUAAAGAGAAUGUGAUAUAUAUAUCGAACCAUCAGUGUACAGUUGACUGGAUUGUAGCAGACAUGUUGGCCAUCAGACAAAAUGCUCUCGGACACGUUCGAUAUGUUUUGAAAGAUGGGCUAAAAUGGCUUCCUUUGUAUGGGUGGUAUUUUUCUCAGCAUGGGGGAGUCUAUGUGAAACGAAGUGCCAGAUUUAAUGAGAAGACAAUGAGAAACAAGCUAGAAGCGCAGAUGAAAGUUAAUACUCCGAUGUACCUUGUGAUUUUUCCAGAAGGAACACGUUACAAUCCAGAAUUACCAAAAGUCAUUGCAGAUAGUCAAGCCUAUGCUGAUAAGGAAGGACUUGCAAUCUUGCAACAUGUUCUUACACCACGAGUGAAGGCUACCCAUGUUGCUGUUAAUCUGAUGAAGACUUAUUUGGAUGCAGUUUAUGAUGUUACAGUAGCAUAUGAAGGCACUGUGGACCAAAAUGGGAAAAGGAAAGAGGCACCAUCCAUGACAGAUUUCCUUUGUAAGGAGUGUCCAAGAAUCCAUAUUUAUGUUGAUCGAAUUGAAUUAAAGGAUAUUCCAGAAGAACAGAUGUAUAUGAGGAGAUGGCUUCAUGAACGUUUUGAAAUCAAGGAUAAGCUGCUAAUAGAAUUCUAUGAUUCAAAAGAUCCUAAAAGGAGGAACAAAUUCCCUGGGAAAUGUGUUUAUUCCAAGCUCAGUCUUAAGAAAACUUUGCCAUCCUUCUUGUUCUUAAGUGGACUAACUGUUAGUAUGCUACUGACAGAAUCUGGACGGAAACUUUAUGUGAAAACGUGGAUCUAUGGGACUUUAUUAGGCUGUCUGUGGGUCAGUAUAAAAGCAUAAAAAGAUACUGCGCCUACAGUCCUGUCUUGCACAUUGUAUCGAACUCUCCUGAAUUUAUAUUAAAGAAAUGUAAAUAAAGCCUUAUUAAUGGUACACUGGAUUAUGUGAGACUUGUGACCUAAAUCAGUAAUGGUCAGUGCAGAGAAUAUAUAUGUAUAUGUAAUUAUGUUGCAGAAAUUUGAGAAAAAGCAGAUAAGCAAAACUUUGUCUGCCUUUUUCUUCCAUGAAUGGAUCUCUAUUUGCCCAUGAUUUAAAAAGAGUAUGUGUUCAUAGAUGUAUAGUUUAAGUGGGCCAGUGAAUGUAUUUACUCAUAUUUUAUGCUUAUGUAUUUAUUUCUGGCCAGUUUUUUCUUCUUUAGUUCACUUCAGCAAAUUUUAUAUCACCGCCGCAUCACAAACUAAAAACCAAAGCCUAAUGUGUUUUUUUUCUCUUUUAAUCUAGGUAUGUUUCUCAAAUUUGUAAAGAGAUUAUUAGAGUGUGACAAUUCUCUAUAAAAAGAGGAGAGUGAACUGUUUAUGACAGAAUGGGUUUAGCAAAUGAAUGCAAUGUUGCUUGUAUUAUUUUGCUACCUGACCUUAGUUUAAUUGCAUAAUGUUUUGUUAUACACACAAACUGCUUUUUAACUGUUUUGUUUUUCAAUCAAGUGCCCUGUGUUGGUGCAGAUGUGAUUAUAUGAAGCGUGUGCAAAUUUGGACUAACCUACCUAUGCUAGAUUCCAGAAAUGUUUUGGAGCGCUUCGGCUAAGCUAUUGUGAGUGCCAUAAAACAGCAGUAAACAUUCCAAAGUUUCCUGUUACCUCGGGACUACUUCACACAGGAUGUUUUGCCUUCAUGGAAGCUAUCUCUGUAUCAACAGGGAAAGCAUAUACAGCAACUCAUUUGUGAAUACAGAUGGAUAUGUUUCUGUGACUGUACCAACUGGAAAAGAAUUGUUUGGGGAAAGUGGGGGGCAGGGUGGACCAUUUUGAAAUGACUCUGAGUCAUAUGGAAUUCAGUGAAUGUGAACUGCAGUGAACAAUAUAUGGUAACAAGAAACAUCCAUGUGUUCUUGCCAAAACAUAAAAGUAUGUGCCUUUGUCUACUGAUAUUUGAACUUAAUAUAAUAUUUCACAAUACAAUCAUUAGCUUAGUAACGAGUAGACUUCUUGGGGGAGUAUUUCCAAAGCUUUUGUGGUUAGUGUGCAGUUCUAAUGAACUGGAAAAAAAUCGAAUUUGCACUAAUAUGCAAUUUGCACUGUAGCAUAUUUGUGAGGGGUGCACACUCUUAAUAGUAUUUCACCUGCUCAAAAACUAUUCUUGUCACUCUUUGGUGAUAUAUUAUAAAACUAUUUCCUGAUGUUAAGGGACUGUGUGUUCUGUACCAAGUCAGGGAAUGGUUUCUGUUUCAUAGUCAAUAUUUUGUAAUAAAACAAAAAAGAUCAAGAUUCCACUUGGGUAAAAAUUAGAGGCAAUUUUUAGCUUUCUGUAUUUUUCAUAUCCAGUUUCUGUUGGCUUUAAUGGGGCUUGAAUGUUUUUUUAAGACCCAACGUGAAUUAAAAUGGCCAUGUCUUAGAUUUUUACAAUAUUAAAUGUGUUUGCCUCUAACUGUAAUGAGUAAGCAUGACGUUGCUCUUAUUUGUUUCUCCUAAUACUCAUUUCACAUACUCAGUUCUGCAUCUUAAUGAAACAACCUGUAUUGAACUCUCAGAAAGGAAAGAAUUGUGUAUUACAGCUAUGAAAUGCUGAAAUGAGAAUGCUUUUUAAGACCAAGGAUGUCCUGUCAUUCACUGUGAUCUACACCUGAAGAAUUGCCUUUCAACUUCAGUAUUAAAAUUCAGAGACAUUGAUUUGCCUGUCCAGCAGCCCAGAAACCCAACAAUAAUGUCCAGUUGUAUAAUAAAAAUAAACUGCUUAAAUGCA